AUGGAGACAACGAAGAAAAGCAAGGUUUUGGUGAUCGGAGGAACUGGUUACAUCGGAAAAUUCAUCGUCCAAGAAAGCGCGAAAUCCGGCCACCAAACGUUCGCUCUAGUUAGAGAAGCCUCUCUUUCCGAUCCCGUCAAGGGCAAAACCGUCAAAAGUUUCAAAGACCUUGGCGUCACAAUACUACACGGAGAUUUGAAUGACCACGAGAGCUUGGUGAAGGCAAUAAAACAGGUCGAUGUGGUUAUAUCAACCGUUGGUCGCAAGCAACUGUUAGAUCAAACCAAGAUCAUUUCCGCCAUUAAAGAAUCCGGUAACAUCAAGAGAUUCUUGCCGUCUGAGUUUGGAACAGACGUGGACAAGACAGUUGCGGUUGAGCCAGCGAAAUCAUUAGUCUUUGGAGCGAAGAGACAGAUCCGAAGAAUCGUAGAAGCAGAAGGAAUACCAUACACUUACGUUGUUGGCAAUUGCGCAGCCGGUUUUUACUUGCCUUCGUUGGCUCAGUUUCAACCUCGUCUUACUUCUCCUCCUAGAGACAAAAUCACUAUUUUAGGCGACGGAAAUGCCAAAGUUGUGUUCAACAGAGAGGAAGAUAUUGCUGCUUACAUGAUCAAAGGAUUGGAUGAUCCAAGGACCCUGAACAAGACCCUCUACGUUAAUCCUCCUAAGAACACUUUAUCGAUGAACGAAUUAGUCACCUUAUGGGAGAAAAAGAUCGGAAAGUCUCUUGAGAAGACUCACAUGACAGAAGAACAAGUGCUCAAAAACAUCCAAGUGUAUCCUGUUGUUCCCGUGUAUGUUAUUCUAUCCAUAAACCAUACGGUGUUUGUGAAAGGACAUCAAACGAAUUUCACUAUAGAGCCUUGUUUGGGUGUUGAAGCUUCUAAGCUUUAUCCUGAUGUCAAGUAUACCAGUGUUGAUGAAUAUCUCAGUCAAUUCGCUUGA